GGUUUAACACCAGUCUACAAUAAAUCUGACUGUUGCUGGGAUGUGAACACUGAGAUCGGCACCACUGCUGCGCAUAGAGACCAGAACUUAACGACACCGCGACAUACAAACUGAACAUGCAAUUCUAUUUUCAGAUUGGAAUCUUUCUUGCUGUUGCAUUCUUUCUGCAAGUUUCAACCGCACUGCUUAUGAGAAAGGAUACACUGAAAGACCUGGACGGCAACAAGUACGACAUUUUAAUUGUAAGAAAUGGAGAGGAGAUCAUUUCCAAAAAUGGCCAGCUCAAUGAAAUUGCCGUACCACUGAAAGAACAGGGUUUGUGGGUUGUGAUAAAAGAAGAUAACCCGGACGUAUGUUACGUCGUCGAUAUGACAAACGAGGAUACAAAUGACAGACCGUCGGAUGGACAGUUCAAGUUGCUGCAUUACGAGGCUAAAGCUGUACAACGCGUCCACCCUGACAUCAAACGAACUUGUGAAGAAUAUGGUGGAGAGGGCAGGACCAUCGUAGAAGUGGGACCAAAAGAAGACAGCAACCCUCUUCCACCUGCUAUCCCUUUCUUCCAAGGUUACCACAGUGGAAGAAUUGUGAAACGGUACUUUCGAUUACGUAUAAUUAUAGGUCGACUUAAAAUCGAUAUUGAAUUUGGAAAGCGCCCAGAUUAAACAGUAGGCCUGCCACUUUGGAGAUAAAAUUUAAUUAAACUGUAAGAACAACUGUAUUCUGAAAAUUGUCCAUCAUAUUGUUUCACAGUAAUAAUAGUAUGUAAUAAAUAAAAACAUUCAAUAUGUGUAAGUAUAUUUGCUAAUAAAAUUAAAACAAAAUCAGCAUUUUGAAUGGUUUUGCAUUGUAUACCAAAUUUUAUAGUGAGAAUACGUGUGCAUUCAUCUACAUUCUGACUUAUUUUGCCAUAAAUAUUCAUGUUUACGAACCAUCCACAUCACUUCAUUUGUUAGUAUUGAACAUUUACCAAGACUUGAACGUUGCAGAUAAUAAAUUUGGCCAGUUACGAUUAUUAUUAAAAAAAAUUGUUGCGGUCCUUUUGUUUAUUCAUUACGGUUAUCAACUUUCAUACAUUUUACAGUUAUUAUUUGUUAAAUUUUACAUCAUUCAAGUGUUUUAUUAUUAAAUGUAAGCCUACUUCGUC